CGGGGGGAGCCCGCGGGCGCGGGGCGGUGCGGGGGGGUCGCGCCGCGAUCGCCGCAUGGAGCUGAACCCGCAGCUCGGAGCCCCCCGCUGAUCCCGGGGGGUCCCCGCGCCCCUCCCCCGCCAUGCCGCGCCCCGCCCCCACCCCCGGCCCGGGCCCGGUUCUGGUCCCGGUUCUGGUCCCGGUUCUGGUCCCGGUGUCGGUGUCGGUGCCGGCCCCGCUCCCGCUGCUGCUGCUGCUCCUGCUCGGCACCGCCCCGGGCGGCCACGGGCUGAUCCGGGGGGCGCUGCCCUUCGGGCUGGCGCGCCGGGAGCUGGCGUGUGAGGGGUACCCGCUGGAGCUGCGCUGCCCCGGCAGCGACGUCGUCCUGGUGGCUGACGCCAACUACGGCCGCACCGACGACAAAAUCUGCGACGCCGACCCCGGGCAGAUGGCGAACGUGCAGUGCUACCUGCCCCAGGCCCAGCCCAUCAUGGCCCAGAGGUGCAAUAACCGCACUCAGUGCGUGGUGGUCGCCGGCUCUGACGCCUUCCCCGACCCCUGCCCGGGCACCUACAAAUACCUGGAGGUGCAGUACGACUGCGUGCCCUACAAAGUGGAACAAAAAGUUUUCGUCUGCCCGGGGGUGCCGCAGCGCGUGGGGCCGGCGCUGUCCACGCACGAGUCUCCGCACCAGGCGGGCGGCUGGUGCCGGGACCCGCUGCAGUCGGGGGACCGGCUGUACGUGCUGCCGUGGGUCCCGUACCGCACCGACACGCUCACCGAGUACGCCUCGUGGGCCGACCUGGUGGGCGCCCGUCCCGCGGCCACGCACCGGCUCCCGCACCGCGCCGACGGCACCGGCUUCGUGGUGUACGACGGCGCCGUGUUCUACAACAAGGAGCGCACCCGCAGCAUCGUCAAGUACGACCUGCGGACCCGCAUCAAGAGCGGCGAGACCGUGGUGGGCGCCGCCAACUACCACGACACGUCUCCGUACCGCUGGGGCGGCAAGACCGACAUCGACCUGGCGGUGGACGAGGAGGGGCUGUGGGUCAUCUACGCCACCGAGGGCAACGGCGGGCGGCUGGUGGUGAGCCAGCUGAACCCCUACACGCUGCGGCUGGAGGGCACCUGGGAGACCGGCUACGCCAAGCGGGCGGCCUCGGACGCCUUCAUGGCCUGCGGGGUGCUGUACGUGGUGCGCAGCGUGUACCUGGACGACGACACGGAGCACUUGGGCAACGCGCUGGUCUACGCCUUCGACACGCGGCGCGGGCGCGGCUCGGCGCUGGCGCUGCCCUUCCCCAACCCCUACCAGUUCGUGGCCUCCGUGGGCUACAACCCCCGCGACAACCAACUGUACGUGUGGAACAACCACUUCCUGCUGCGCUACGGCCUCGACUUCGCGCCCCUGCACGGAGACGGUCCGGUGACAACGGAACCGCCCAGCGCGCCCCCCCCGCACCCCACGGCGCCCCCCAGCUCCGCCGCCCCCCCGUUCCCCACCCCCACGGCCCGGCGGGGCCCCCUCACCCCCCGGCCCGGGCCCCCCCCGGCCCCCCCCCGGGCCCCGCUCACAGCGCCGCCACCCCGGGGGGGUCCCCGGGACCCCCCAACAGCGGGGCCCGGGGGGGGUCCCGGGGGGGGUCCCGGGGCGGGGCCCGGGGGGGGGCCCGGGGGGCGGCUGUGCGAGGCGCGGGAGGUGCGCAGGGUGCAAUGGCCCGCGGCACAGCAGGGCGCGCUGGUGGAGAGACCCUGCCCCAAGGGCACCCGAGGCAUCGCCUCCUUCCAGUGCCUGCUGGGGCUGGGGGUGUGGAACCCCCGCGGGCCCGACCUGAGCAACUGCACCAGCCCCUGGGUCAACCAGGUGGCCCAGAAGAUCAAGAGCGGGGAGAACGCGGCGGCGAUCGCGGGGGAGCUGGCGCGGCACACGCGGGGCCCGGUGUUCGCCGGCGACGUCAGCUCGGCCGUGCGGCUGCUGGAGCAGCUCCUGGACAUCCUGGACGCGCAGCUGCAGGCGCUGCGCCCGCUCGAGAGGGAGUCCGCGGGGAAAAACUACAACAAGAUGCACAAGCGGGAGCGAACCUGCAAGGAUUACAUCAAGGCCGUGGUGGAGGCCGUGGAUAACCUGCUGCGCCCGGAGGCGCUGGAGUCGUGGCGGGACAUGAACGGCUCGGAGCAGGCGCACACGGCCACCAUGCUGCUGGACGUGCUGGAGGAGGGCGCCUUCCUGCUGGCGGACAACGUCAAGGAGCCCGCGCGCUUCCUGGCCGCCCGGCAGAACCUGGUGCUGGAGGUGUCGGUGCUCAACACCGAGGGGCCGCUCCAGGAGCUCGUGUUCCCUCAGGAGCUGGGGGGCGACGGCUCCAUCCAGCUCUCGGCCAGCACCCUCAAACAGAACAGCAGGAACGGGGUGGUGAAGGUCGUCUUCAUCCUCUACAACAACCUGGGGCUGUUCCUGCCCACCGAGAACGCCACCGUGCGCCUCGGGGGGGACGGGGGGCCCCGCGCCCCCCAGCUCGUGGUCAACUCCCAGGUCAUCGCCGCCUCCAUCAACAAAGAGUCCAGCAGGGUCUUCCUGCGGGACCCCGUGGUCUUCACCCUGCCCCACCUGGAGACCAAGAACCACUUUGGUGCCAACUGCUCCUUCUGGAAUUACUCGGAGCGCUCCAUGGCCGGGCACUGGUCGAGCCAGGGCUGCCGCCUGCUGCGCUCCAACGGCACCCACAGCUCCUGCGCCUGCAGCCACCUCACCAACUUCGCCCUGCUGAUGGCGCGCAGCCAGAGCUUCCCGGGGCGGCUGAACGAGGUGCUGCUGUCGGUGAUCACCUGGGCGGGGAUCCUGGUGGCCCUGCUGUGCCUGGGCCUGUCCAUCUCGGCCUUCUGCUGCCUGCGGGGGCUGCCCUCGGAGCGCACCACCAUCCACAAGAACCUCUGCAUCAGCCUCUUCCUCGCCGAGCUCCUCUUCCUCGUCGGCAUCGACAAGACGCAGUACCAGGUGGCCUGUCCCAUCUUCGCGGGGCUGCUGCACUAUUUCUUCCUGGCGUCGUUCUCGUGGCUGUGCCUGGAGGGGGUUCACCUGUACCUGCUGCUGCUCGAGGUGUUUGACAGUGACCCCGCGCGCCGCAAGUACUACUACGCGGGGGGGUACUGCUUCCCCGCCGUCGUCGUGGCCGUGGCCGCCGCCGUCGACCACCGCAGCUACGGCACCGACCAGGCGUGCUGGCUGCGGGUGGACAAUUAUUUCAUCUGGAGCUUCAUCGGGCCCGUGGCCUUCGUCAUCCUCGUGACGCUGGUGUUCCUGCUGGUCACCCUGCACAAGAUGCUGCGCAGCUCGGCCGCCCUCAAACCCGACUCCAGCCGCCUGGACAGCAUCAGGUCCUGGGCGCUGGGGGCCAUCGCGCUGCUGCUGCUGCUGGGGCUGACCUGGGCCUUCGGCCUCCUCUUCGUCACCCGCGAGUCCGUCCUGACGGCGUCGCUGUUCACGGCCUGCAACGCCCUGCAGGGCACCUUCAUCUUCCUCUUCCACUGCGCCCUCCAGAAGAAGGUGCACCGGGAGCUCAGCAAGUGCCUGCGGCACUCCGGCUGCUGCCUCAGGGGCCCCCCUGGCACCUCCCUGGGCGCCCUCAAACCCUCGGCCGCCCGCGCCCACCCCCGGUACUACAGUGGCACGCAGAGCCGGAUCCGGAGGAUGUGGAAUGACACGGUCCGGAAACAGACAGAGUCCAGUUUUAUGGGAGGGGACCUGAACAGCACCCCAACCUUGAACCGAGGGUCACAUCUCCUGCCCAACCCGGUGCUGCCGCCGCGGGGGGGGUCCAGCCCCUACAACACUCUCCUGGCCGAGGGGGGGGGCUUCACCCCCGCCUCGCCCCCUGCCUUCACCACCCCAGGGAGCUUCCGUGACGCCAAGCCCCCCCGGGAGCCCCCGGAGCCGCUGCCCCUCAACGGCAACUUCAACAACAGCUACAGCCUGCGGGGGGGCCCCGAGGGGGGGCCCGGGGGGGGCGGCCCCGGCCCGGGGGGGCUGCCCGGGGGGAGCCCCCCGGACGCGGCGGCGCUGGAGAAGAUGAUCAUCUCAGAGCUGGUGCACAACAACCUGCGGGGAGGGGGCUCCGUGCCCCCCCCGCCGCCCCCGCCGCCCCCCCCACCCGCUGAGCCCCCCCCCGGCGCCCCUGAGCUGGGGCUGCUCUACCAGGAGCUGGCACGGGGGGGGCCGGGCGGGCUGGGACCGCCCCCUGACCCCCCCCGGGACCCCCGGCAUCCCCCCCCCGCCCCGGGACUACCCCGACAGCAGCCCCGAGGGGCCCCCGCCCCCCGCACCCCCCUAUUUGGGGGGGCCCCCCCGCGCACCCCCACCCAACCGCCGGCACAGCCCCGAGACCUUCGGGGGGCCCGAGGGGGGCGUGGGGGGCGCCGAGCCCGACGGGCAGAUGCAGCUGGUGACCAGCCUGUGAGACCCCCGGCCGGGGGGGCACGCGGGACCCCCUCCUCAUGUCGGGGGCACUUGGGGGGCAGGAGGUCGCUGCGGGAGCCCCUCCUCGCCAGGGGGUUCGGCCUGGCAGGGGGAUUGCACCGGGACCCCCCCUCGCUCGAGGCUCCAGGGGUGCAUGGGGGUCUGGCCCCACACAGGGGUGUGGCCCCACACGGGGGUGUGGCCCCACACGGGGGUCCGGCCCCGAGCCACAACUCCUUCUCGCGAGGGCUCGUCCUCACGGGGGGCUGGCCUCGCGCGAGGGUCCGGGGGCACUCAAGGAACCCGGCACGAGGAGCCGGCCUCGCACGAGGACUCGGCUGUGGCCAGAGGGGACAGCACAGUGCCGAGCCCUUCCCUCGCACCGGGAGCCGCGGGUGUGCCAGGUCACGGUGUCACACCGGGAGCCGCGGGUGUGCCCGGCCACGGUGUCACACGAGGACCUGGCUUUGCAUGAGGGCCUUGCACAAGGGUUGGCAGCGUGGCAGCCUUGCUCAAGGAUCCAACCAGCGUCACCCGAGGAUCCGUAUGGUGCCCGAGGAUCCAUCUGGUGCCACACGUGGGGACCUGACCCGAGGAUCCGUCUGGCACCCAAGGAUCCAUCCGAUCCAUCUGGCGCCACACGUGGGGACCUCACCUGAGGAUUCGUCCGGCACCUGAGGAUCCAUCUGGCGCCACACGUGGGGACCUGACCCGAGGAUCCAUCCAGGGCCACACAUGGGGACCUGACCCAAGGAUCCAUCUGGCGCCACACGUGGGGACCUGACCCGAGGAUCCAUCCGGCGCCACACGUGGGGACCUGACCUGAGGAUCCAUCCGGUGCCACACGUGGGGACCUCUCUUGGGGACCCCCGUCUCACCAGGACCUCGCACCAAGACUUUGCACCCGGACCUCGCACGGGGCGCCCCCCUCGUGCCCCCACCCCGGCCUGGGGCCAUUUUGGGGGGAUCCCUCAGACACGUUCCGGGGGCCCCCCCAAAAGCCAUCCCAGGGGGGCCCCCGUGGCCUCAGCAGCACCGAGCCGGGGGGGGCACUGACACCCCCCCCCCAAACUGAGGGGUGCCCCCAAAGCAGGGACCCCCUGAAACGGGGACCCCCCCACAAAGAGACACAUUUUCCUUGUAAUAUAGAUGUAAAUGGACCAGCCCUCCCCCCCUCCCCCGCCCGGGAAACUGAGGCAUGGGGGGGGUCCCCCCAAAACCGCCCCCCAUCUCCGGGGGUCCCCCCAACCCCAGCAGGGCCCCCCCGGAAGCACAACCCCACCCCCAGCCGGGGGGGGCCUCGCCACGCUGUACAUAGGGAUGGGGGGGCCCCCAAAAUGGGGGGGAGGGCAAUGGGGCCACGUUAACAGUUCUGGGAGCCCCACCCCAAAAUUGAUGGGACCCCAGAAUUUGGGGACACCCCCAGGGCUUGGGGAUCCUUCCUGGGGUGUUGAGACCCUCCCCCCACGUUUUAGAGACCCCCCCCAGGUACUGGGGACCCCCAAAUUUGGGGAUCCCCCCCUCCCCAGUAUUUGGAGUCCCCUUACUUUGGGGGUCCCCUGUGUUUUGGGGACCCUCACAGUAUCAGGGACCCCUCCUGCGUUUUGGGGACCCCCCUCAGGGGUUUUGUGGAUGCACGGGGGGGGUCCAGCCCCUCCCCAAGUUUUGGGGUUCCCCUCCCCACCUCCCUUAGCAUGGGGGGACCCCAAAACUUCCUCAGGGACCCAAAUUUGGGGGUGCGGUGGGGUAAUCCCCUCCCCUCCCACCCCCAGAUCUUGGGGUCCCCCUCCCCCCCCCCCCCCGGGAUUUGGGGGUUCCCUCCCCUCCCCCCCCUUCCCAAAUUCUGCCAAACCAACUUUGGGUCGAGUGCGUCAAACCAACUAAACCGGAGCCGGAGGGGACGCGGGGCCACCAAGGGCCACCACGGGCUACUGGGGCCACUGUGGGGCCACCCAGGGCCACCACAGGGUCAGUGUGGCCACCAAGGGGACGGCCAGGGCCAUCAAGGGUCACCAAGGGCCACCAGGGCCAGAGGGCCACCACGAGGCCACCGCAGGGCCACUGGGGCCAGCACAGGAAGAGCCAGGAGGUGGCCGGGGCCACCAAAGGGGCACCAAGGUCCACCACAGGGAGUCAGGGGAUGGCCACCACCGCCACACGUGGGGGACAGCCAGGGCCACCACUGGGAUGGACUGGGCCACCACAGGAAGAGCCAGGGGACAGCCACGGCCACCAAGGGGCCACCAGUGCCACGGUGGCCACCACAGAGGUGACCAGGGCCACCAAAGGGACCAGGAGAUAAGAGCCAGGGCCACAGAGGGGGUGGCCAGGGUCGCCAUGGGGACGGUCAGGGCCACCACGGGGUCAGGGCCACCAUGGGGUCUGGGCCACCAUGGGGUUGGUCCGGGCCACCAUGGGGUCAGGGCCACCGUGGGAACCGUCAUGGACAGGAACCAAUAAAGGUGACACCAGUUCUUGGA